AUGAUGCAUCCCACAGUUGGCAACGGUGCUCUUCAAUACUCCGCCAACAACACCAUGCCGCAAUCAUCGGCCAAAAUUCCUGCAAGCCCAGACGAAACUGUAGUUCAACAAUUAUCCGUGGCCAAGACGGUUCUAAACCAGGCCAUAGAUUUGUUGGACAAUUAUUUGACCAGCGAUGAUCAGCUCGCGGUGCACUCAAAGUACCUCCCUGGCUCGACUAUCGGGAAGCAUCUGCGUCAUGCACGAGACCACUUUGCGUUGCUGUUAGACUGUAUGGCCAAACCGCCACCCCACGUUCUGUCUUAUGACACCCGCAUUCGCAAUACACCGAUGGAGACGAGUCGUUCAGGCGCCAAACAGGCUCUUUUGGACACAAUACAGCAGUUAGACGCCGUCGUUCCCGGUUCCAAAUUCGAUCAGCCCCUCAAGUUGCACGCCAUCACGCCUUACAUGCACGAAUUUGAAUCUACAUUUGGACGAGAACUCUGGUUUGCAAGUCUUCACUGUGUCCACCACUGGUCGAUGGUUCGCGUAAUCGCCGGUGAACUGGGAAUAAAACUCACCGACGACUUUGGAUUCGCACCAUCUACCCUUGUCUAUCAAGACCGGGACUAUGCGCCGCUCGGAAAGGCCAAGUUCUGA